UCGACAAUUCAACUGACCCGUCUCGCCGCAGAGGGAGCAAAACCGUCUAGAUCUUCAGCACAUGAUAUCAAAGUUCUUGCUGAAAGGAAAGCUGGGGCUGGCUCCUGCUGAGAGCCCCCGGCGCGUGCUGGACCUGGGAACUGGCACGGGCAUCUGGGCAAUUGAGUUUGCCGAGGAAAACCCCGACUCGGAGGUGCUAGGAACCGACCUCAGUCCCAUUCAACCAGACUAUCUGCCACCCAACUGCCGGUUCGAGAUCGACGACGUUGACGACGACUGGGUUUACAGCCACAAGUUUGACUACAUCCAUGGCCGCUAUCUGCUUCCCUUCAUCAAGAGAAAAUGGAGUUCGUUCUUCAAAACCGUAUACGACAACUUAAACCCUGGUGGCUGGAUUGAAUCGCAGGAGACCAUCAUCUACUUCCAGUCCGUCGACGGAUCCAUCGACGGCACGGCCUUGCAACGAUGGAACGCGCUUUUGCUGCAGGGGAUCCGAAAGAUGGGCCGCAGUGCCACCGAGGCGUUGCGAUGCAAGUACUACUUGGCCGAAGCCGGGUUUGUCAACCUGGGCGAGAAGAAGUUCGCCGUUCCCAUGAACAAUUGGGCCAAGGGGAAGGAUGAAAAGGCAAUUGGGGCUAUGCAAAUGGUGAACAACCUCGAGGGGAUUGAUGGACUCACCAUGACUGUCUUCACUCGCGCACUCGGCUGGACUCCGGCGGACGUGGAGAAGCUCCUCGUCGACGUGAAGAGAGACAUGAAAGACAGGAGUAUACACGCCUACAUCACAAUAAUUGUCGCCUGGGGCCAAAAGCCGUCCUAAGGGAAAGAGGCGGUUCUCUUGCGGCCGGCAGCGGUAAGGCAGACCUUCCACGGCAACGUUCGCCGAUGCUCAUUAGGUGCAUGUGGACCGCUCGUUGCAAUCCCAGGGCGAGCAUGAGAUCCCACAGUUCUCGUCACUGUCUCCCUAA